AUGUACAACCAGUCAGCAAACGGCUAUUCAGGUGGAGGAGGAGGCGGUUCUGGCUACAUUGAAAAUCCUCAAUACAACGAACAAGGUGAACCAAUUGAAGAAGACGAAUUUGGACGCACAGAAGAAGAAUUUGAUGAAGAUAUGCAGCGUGAGUUAGCUGAUGAUGCACCAUGGAAAAGAAUUCAACAAAAUACAUUUACACGUUGGGCUAAUGAACAUUUAAAAUUAGUUAAUCGUCAUGUUGAUGAUUUACAAUCGGAAUUAAGUGAUGGGUUAAAUUUAAUCGCAUUAAUUGAAGUUUUAUCACAAAAACGAGUACCAAAAUAUAAUCGACGACCAAAUUUUCGUUCACAAAAACUUGAAAAUGUAUCUGUUAUACUUGAUUUUCUUGAAAAUACAGAACGUAUACGUCUUGUUAAUAUCGAUGCUACACAUAUUGUUGAUGGUAAAUUAAAAUUAAUUCUUGGUUUAAUAUGGACACUUAUUUUACAUUAUUCAAUCUCCUUACCAAUGUGGGAAUUCGAACAACCAGAUGCACCUGGUUUAGGACGUGAUGCAACACCUAAACAAAAACUUAUGAAUUGGAUACAAGAAAAAUUACCACCAGAAUUACCUAUUACAAAUUUUACAUCUGAUUGGAAUGAUGGUCGUGCUAUUGGUGCCCUUGUUGAUGCAUGUGCACCAGGUCUUUUUCCUGAUUGGAAUAAACGUGAUCCAAGAAAUGCAUUAGAAAAUGCUAAAGAAGCUAUGGAUUUAGCUGAACGUUAUUUAGGUAUUCCACAAUUAAUUCAUCCACAUGAAAUGAUUAAUCCAAGAGUUGAUGAACAAUCUAUGAUGACAUAUUUAUCACAAUAUCCAAGUGCUAAAUUAAAACCAGGCGCACCAAUUAAACCAAAAACAAAUUCAGCACGUGUACGAUGUUAUGGUAAAGGUAUUGAGCCAAGUGGUAAUCAAGUUGAUGCACCAGCUAAAUUUCAUGUUGAAACAUUUGCUGCUGGUCAAGGUAAUGUUGAAGUUAUUGUUAUUAAUCCAAAAGGUCAACGAGAAAAAUGUGACAUUGAAUUUCGUAAUGAUAAAAAUCAAACAUAUGAUUGUACUUAUUAUCCAACAAUGGAAGGACAAUAUAAAGUUAUUGUUAAAUAUGGUGGACAAGAAGUACCAAAAUCACCAUUUUCUCCUUAUAUUGAAGGAAAAGCAGGUGAUGCUAGUCAAUGUCAUGCACAUGGGCCAGGUCUUGAACCAAAUGGUGUUAUGGUUGAUAAACCAACUUGGUUUGAAAUUGAUGCUACAAAUGCUGGUAAUGGCCUCGCUGAAGUUAUUGUUGUUAAUCCACGUGGUCGACAAGAUGCUGUACCUGUGUCAGUAAAACAAACAGGUCCAGGAAAAUUUCGUUGUGAAUAUGUACCACGUGAACCUGGUCUUCAUUCAGUUAAUGUUUUUUUUGCUGGUCGACCUAUACCAAAUAGUCCAUAUGGUGUUAAUGUUGCAUCAUCAUCUGAUGCUAAGAAAUGUCGUGCUUUUGGACGAGGUAUUCAACCCAAAGGUGUUCGUACAGGUGAUGUAGCUGAAUUUCGUGUUAUUACUAAAGAUGCUGGUGAAGGUGCUAUGAAAGCAACAGUUACUGGACCAGAUGGUAUGGAACUUCCUUGCCGUGUAACAAAAGCCAAUAGUACAACUUAUGAAUGUGGUUAUGUACCAAAUCAUGUUGGGCCUCAUACAGUUAAUAUAACAUAUGGUGGUGCACAUAUCCCACGAAGUCCAUUUCCCGUUGCAGUUGGACCAUAUAAAGAUUCACGUAUUCGUGCCUAUGGUCCAGGUCUUGAAGGUGGUGUCGUAGGUUAUCCAGCUGAUUUUGUUGUUGAAACAAAUGGAGAAACUGGUUCAUUAGGUUUUUCAAUCGAAGGACCAUCACAAGCACGUAUUGAGUGUAAGGAUAAUGGUGAUGGUUCAGCUAAUGUACGUUAUUGGCCAACAAUACCUGGUGAAUAUGCAGUGCACAUUCUUUGUAAUGAUGAAGAUAUACCAUUAUCACCAUUUAUGGCUUGGAUUGAAGCACCAGGAAACUUUGAUCCAAAUAAAGUUAAAGCUUAUGGCCCAGGACUUGAACCAUCAGGACAAAUUAUUGGUAAACCAACUGAAUUUACAAUUGAUACACAGAAUGCUGGUGAAGCACCUUUACGUGUUCAAGCUAUUGAUCAAGAAUAUCAACCAGUUGAUGUACAAGUUCGUAAUAAUGCUAAUGGAACACAUACAUGUCGUUAUACACCACGAAAUCCUUUACGUCAUUCGAUUUUAAUUGAUUAUGGUGGUGUUGCUAUACCAAAUAGCCCAUUUCGAGUUUGGCCAACAGAACCAUCAAAUCCAUCAAAAGUUCGUGUUUAUGGUCCUGGUAUUGAACGUGGUGUUAAAAUGAAUAAUCCAACACAUUUUAUCGUUGAUUGCAAAGAAGCUGGACCAGGCGAUAUAUCAAUUGCAUUAACUGAUACAAAAAAUCAAGAUGUGCCAUUUACCAUUGAUGAUAAUCAAGAUGGAACAUUUCGAAUUGCAUAUACACCUAAAUUACCAGGUGUGCAUUGUAUAAGUGUUUUAUUUGGUGAUAAUGAAAUACCAAUAUCACCAAUUAAAGUUAAUGUUGAACCAAGUGUUGAUAUUAGUAAAAUACGUAUUGAAGGUCUUGAUACAAUGCCUAUUGUUGGACAGCCUGCCCAGGUAACAUUAAAUACAUUAGCAGCUGGUCCAUUAUCGCCAAAUGUGAUACAUGCUAAAAUCGUUGGACCAACAGGCAAUACACAAGAAGCUGUUGUAACACCUGCACCACAAGGAUAUAAUCUUCGUUUUAAUGUACCUGAACCAGGUUCAUAUCUUAUUGAACCUGAUGUAUGUACAUUACCAUUACGUCCUGUACAAGUAACAGCUAUUGAACCACUGGAUCCAAAUAAAGUACGUGCAUAUGGACCAGGUCUAUCACAAGGUACAGUUAAUAAACCAGCUGAUUUUAUUGUUGACACACGUGGUGCUGGUAAUGGUCAAUUGGGUAUAACAGUUGAAGGACCAUCAGAAUCAAAAAUUGAUUAUCAAGAUAAUAAUGAUGGUAGUUGUCGUGUAACCUAUCAUCCAACAGUCGCUGGAAAUUACAAUAUUAAUAUAUUGUAUGAAGGAAAACAUAUACCGGGAUCGCCGUUUCGUGCUGCUGUACGAGCUGAUCUUGAUACACGAGCUAUUCGUUGUUAUGGACCUGGUCUUGACCCCAAUGGAGUUUUUCUUGAAAGUCCAACGGAAUUUACUGUUGAUGCUAAAUCAGUUACUGGUAGUGGUUCAGGACGUGUCGAAUGUUUAUUAACAUCACCAAGUGGUCGAAUUGUAAGAUGCCCUGUGAAAAAUAUGGCUGAUGGUACAUAUCAAGUUCAAUAUGCACCAUAUGAAUCAGGCAUACAUCAAAUUGAAGUUACAUAUGAAAAUAUACCUGUACCGGGUAGUCCAUUUCGUGUUAAUGCUAUUCCAGGUUGUGAUCCAAUGCGUGUACGUGCAUAUGGACCAGGUCUUGAACAUGCAAUAACAAAUGAACCAACAACAUUUACUAUUGAAACAAAAGGUGCUGGACAAGGUAGUCUUGGUUUAGCUAUUGAAGGACCAUCAGAAGCAAAAAUGGUUUGUAAAGAUAAUCAAGAUGGUACUUGUAUUAUGGAAUAUUUACCUACUAAAUCUGGUCAAUAUGAUAUUGCAGUUAAAUUUGCUGAACAACAUGUACCAGGUUCACCAUUUCGAGUUCAAGUACGUGAUCGACUUGAUGCUAAUCGUGUUAACGUUAAAAUGAGUCCAACUAUGCGUGCUAAUGUUUUACAAGAAAUUUUAAUCGAUGGUCAAGCAGCUGGACCUGGUACUCCAGCUGUUGAUAUUACGGAUAUACAUGGUCGUCGUAAACCAGCAAGUAUUCGACCAAGAGGUGACGGUGUUUACGUUGGAGAAUUUACACCACAAAUUGAAGGUCCACAUCGUAUUGAUAUUAAUUGGAGUGAUCAACCAAUACGUCAAAGUCCAUUUAACGUUCAAGUUCUUCCUCAUUUUGAACCACAUAAAGUUAUUGUUGACGGUCCUGGUAUUCAUAACGGUAUUCCAGCAUCACUUGAAACAUACUUUCGUAUUGAUACACGUGACGCUGGUUUUGAACAUCCAGACGUUUUAAUUAAAAAUCCUGAAGGUCUUUUAGUUCCAUCAAAAAUUGUUGAUAAUAAAGAUGGUACAUAUAAGGUUACAUAUAAACCAAAUGAUGUUGGUCGAUAUUUAAUUAAUGUUAAUUAUGGUGGUAUCCCAAUUAAUAAUUCACCAUUUAACGUGAAAGUGGAACCAAUCGGAGAUCCAACGAAAUGCCAUAUUUCUGGCACUGGUACUAAUCCUAAUCUUCAAGUCGGUGAAGAAUAUACAAUUACAGUUGAUACUCAUGAAGCUGGUCCAGGUGCCGUAACAUGUCGUAUACGUUCAACACUUGGCAAUGAUCUUGAUAUUGAUAUUGUUGAUAAUGAAGAUGGAACAUUUAAUCUAUUCUAUACACCACAUAAUCCAGGAAAUUAUGUUAUUAAAAUUAAAUUUGGUGGACAAGAUAUUCCUGGUGGUGAUUUUGUUGUAACGGCUGGCGAUGGCGAUAAAUAUUAUCGAGAUACACAAAUAACUGAAACUGUUACAUCAAGACAUACAGCAAGUCAAUAUCGACCUGUUGAUUUUCGUUUACCUGUCGGUGGUGGUCAAUUUGGUGACAUUAGUGCCUUAAUUCGAACUCCAACUGGUCGAAUUCAUACACCAAUUAUCGAAGAUAAUCAAGAUGGAACUGUUUCAAUUAAAUAUCAACCAUCCGAAGUUGGUUUACAUGAACUUGAUGUCUUCUAUCAAGGACAACCAAUAGCUGGUUCACCAUUUAAAUUUCAUGUUGAUCAAGUUCAAACAGGUUAUGUUACAGCAUAUGGACCUGGUCUUAGUCAUGGUAUUUGUAAUGAAGCAUGUAGUUUUCGUAUUAUUACGAAAGAUGCUGGUUCGGGUGGUCUUUCAGUUGCUGUUGAAGGUAGUUCAAAAGCUGAAAUUCAAUGUAAAGACAAUAAAGAUGGUACAUGUGAUGUUACUUAUUGGCCGACUGCACCAGGUGAAUAUACAAUAACAGUUAAAUUUGCUGAUAAACAUAUUGUUGGUUCACCAUUUACGGCUAAAAUAACUGGUUUACCAUCAAUGGAUCAAUAUAAACGUUCACAUGUUAUGGUUGGUAAUCAAAAUGAAUUUAGUUUACGUGUAACUGAAAUGGAUAUACAUGAUUUACAUGCAACAAUACGUUCACCAAGUGGUUUUGAAGAACCAUGUAUAUUGAAAAAAUUAGCUAAUGGAAGUCUUGGUAUAUCAUUUGUACCACGAGAAAUAGGUGAUCAUUUAGUUAAUGUCUAUCGUGAUGGUCAACAUAUUAAAAAUAGUCCAUUUCGUAUUCAUGUUGGUUCAGCUGAAAUUGGUGAUGCUAGUAAAGUUCGAGUAUAUGGACGUGGUUUACAAGAAGGUUAUUCAUAUCAAACAAACGAUUUUACUGUUGUUACACGUGAUGCUGGUUAUGGUGGUUUAUCACUUUCAAUUGAAGGUCCAUCAAAAGCGGAUAUUGAAUGUCAUGAUAAUGAAGACGGUUCAUGUCUUGUUACGUAUAAACCAACUGAACCAGGCAUUUAUAUUAUCAAUGUCAAAUUUGCUGAUAAACAUGUACCAGGUUCGUAUUCAAUUGAGAAAAAAAAAGCUGAAAUAACAAAUUAA